UCCUUCUUUUCGCAGAUUCACGUUCCCCAAUUCCACUUUGCGUUGCUAGAACGCACCGCCCCAAUCAUAAUAACCUAUUCUCAUCUAUUUUUAUUCACUCAACAAUCUUUUCCUUAGCUCUUUAUAAUAAUUUCUCUUCACUCCUACCCAUCAAUACUUCACUUUCUUCUUCAUCAUCCAACUUCGUUCAUCAUCAUGUCUUUCAGAGGCCUAAGCAGGCCAAAUGCUCCAUCAGGCAUGGGUGUUGCUGAUCACAGCAAAACCACCUUCAUGGAACUGAAGCAGAAGAAGGUCCAUCGCUAUGUGAUCUUUAAGGUUGAUGAGAAGAAAAGGGAGGUUGUGGUUGAGAAGACCGGUGGNCCCGCUGAGAGCUAUGAUGAUUUCGCUGCAUCUUUGCCUGAGAAUGAUUGCAGAUAUGCCGUCUUUGACUUCGAUUUCGUCACUUCUGAGAAUUGUCAAAAGAGCAAAAUCUUCUUCAUUGCAUGGUCUCCUUCAACUUCUCGGAUUCGUGCCAAGAUGCUCUACGCCACAACUAAAGGCAGGUUAAGACGUGAGCUAGAUGGUGUUCAUUAUGAAAUCCAGGCUACUGACCCCACUGAAAUGGAUCUUGAAGUGUUGAGAGCCGUGCACAUUGAAAUGUUUAUGUACUUGUUCAUUUUCUUUUCAGAUUCUAGUAGGUUUCUACUUUCAAUACACACAGAGCACACAAAUAAUACAAAACUCAACAGCAAACCACAAAAACCUCAACAAACACAUCAACCAAAUAUCAACAAUAGAGAAAACUACCAAAUCCUACACAUUACAUACAUUAAAAAAAAAAAUAGAAGAAACGAAAAGAAACUAACCUGUCAAAACGAACAAAGAAGAACCACCGUCCCGCACCGUCGCACCAGCACCCUUCGCGCCGCCGCACACACUGGCUGCAAAGCACCAAACACAACCGCACCGCCCAAUACACCCACAAAACGAAACCAACGUCUACACCUCUCCGCAUCGCGCCGGACUGCCACACAAUCACCGCACCGCCACCCACCGCACACCAACACGCCGCACAAAGCAACAACAGGUUUAGAGGAGGACUGGGAGAGUGAGAGUUGCAGAGAGCAUUUGAAAAUGAAAGCUUUGAUGGGGGUGGGAAUACACGAAGGAGGGAAUCUUGAGUCUGUGUGUGUUCAGAGUGUAAAAGAGGCAGGAUAAGUUAACUUUAGUAAAUAGGAAUAUAAAGGUAAAAAUAAAAAAACAACAAAGUUAUUUUUGUAUUUAAAAAAAAUCCAAAAAAAUUGGGGAGGUGGGGGAUGGAAUUGGGGAGGUACAGGGAGUAACUCCUUUUUCCAGGUGGGGUUCAAGGUCCACGUUCCAGAGAUUUUCCCGUGGUCUUUUGGGUGCUUCUGCCUGCGUUUUCCUGUUUUUUUUUUCCUGCAUCACCAUAAAAGUUAAACUUUCCCCAAA